AUAUUCCAACGAUUUUGCAAGUUCUAUUGAGCUACUUAAUGUUACGAGUAUAGUUAAGCAAGAGAGUACACUGCAAUGGACUUGCUCAACGAAGAAGCUAGUAAAAAGAAUGAUCCCACACGCCGGCUAUUCUUCUUGCGACAGCUAUUCGUCAGCAGUACCCUCACAUCGGGGUUCCUGAUUUAUGGAAUGUACAUGGGCGCGAUGACAGUGAUGAUACCUCAGAUAAGGAGGGAAGCCAACUCAACAGAGGCAAUCACCGCAGACCAGGCUUCGUGGUUAUGUUCGCUCCCAGGCUACAGCGGGCUACCUUGGGGAAUAGUUCUUCCUUUUAUAGCUUAUCGCUUCGGUCGCAAAAUAUCGUUGAUCAUGUUAAGUGUAAGCAUUUUGAUCAGCAAUAUUAUUUUUUACCGCAGCACUACACUGACGGAACUGAUGAUCAGCCAGGCUAUGACAGGAAUGCUAGAAUGUUCUACCAAUACGCUCACGAUUAUGGUAAUUACUGAGUAUACAUCUCCCAGAUAUAGAGGAGUUUUUAUGACCCUUAAAUCGGCUUCAUUUUACUGGGGCAUUUGGAUUUCGAACGCCAUGGGAACAUUCUUUCACUGGACGAAUAUCGGUUUAGUGAUAUUUGUAUUCAGCGUUUAUAAUUUAUUGGUUAUAUUCUAUCCCGAAUCGCCGUUCUGGUUAGCCACUAAGGGUCGAUAUGAAGACUGUUCAAAAUGUCAUAGAUGGCUCAAAGGAACGAGCAAAGAUUCUGAAGAAGAACUUGAGCUGCUAAUACUAUCACAAAAACAGCAAAAUACGAAAAUAAAGAAACAACGCAGUGAGAACAUCAUUGUAAUGUUUUAUAGAAUCGUAAGCUGUGUGACUUUUUAUAAGCCGAUAUUUUACGCGGUUUUGGGAACCGGUCUUUACCAUUCCUCCGGAAAGAUGGCUUAUUCUGUAUACGCUAUAGAUAUUAUACAGAAAAUUACUGGUAGUGAAAAUACAGCAUAUGAAGGCAUGCUUAUAUUAGAUGGUGUUACAAUCUUGGGAAUGUACCUGGGAUCGCCACUUACUAAAGUCCUUAAGCGUAGGACUCAACUUUUGAGUUUUUCAUCUAUAGGAGCUGGAUUUUUGUUUAUUAUGUCAAUAUACUUGUAUAUGAUUCAAUUUAAUUUGUUGCUAGAAAACAAAUACAUUUCGUUGUUCUUGUUAGCGGGAUUUUCGAUUAGCAUAGGCUGUGGUCCAAUGGUGAUGGCAGCAUGUUGUUACGGGGAGUUGACUCCAUUGAAAUAUAGGAGUACGUAUCUAUCUAUUUUCACUUUACUAUCUAGCGCAGCAACGGGAAGUGAUCUCAAAACCGCGCCUUUAGUAUUUCGAAAAUUUGGUACACCCGGCGCGUUCCUUUACUAUGCCAUUACAUCUACAGUUUUUAUUUGUUUGCUGUACAAAUAUUUGCCAGAAACAAAGGACAAAACUAUUCAAGAAAUAGAAAAUUGUGUUGUCGGAGAAGAUGAUAUCAAUGAGGUGGAGACAAUGCCUCUAAAACAUAAAUGA